AUGGGAAUUACUGCGCUUAGAGGGAAAUCCCUCGGUCGUGUUAUUGGUCUUGUUGGCGCGGUCGGUUUCGUGCUUCAGGGUUAUGACCAGGCUGUUGCUAAUGGCUUGCUGACGCUGGGGUCUUUCAUUGCUAUCUUUCCUCAAAUCGAUACGGUUAAUACUCAUGGGAGUCAAAAGUCGCACAACUCUACUAUUCAAGGAACAACGGUCGCGAUCUAUGAAGUCGGUUGUGCUUUGGGAGCCUUGGGAUGCGUGUUCUUGGGCGAUAAACUUGGUCGUCGGAAGACUAUUUUCCUUGCGGGAUGUGUUGCGUUGGUUGGGAUCGUUAUUCAGGCAAGUCCCUUUGCGCUGGGGCAGUUGAUUGCUGGACGAGUUAUUACUGUUUUGUGGUAUCUGUGCGGAGGCAUUGCUAACGAUGGGUCAGGCUUGGGUGUCGGUGGUUUCACCGCGACAAUUCCUAUGUAUGUCUCUGAGUCUUCUGGGGCAGAGGCUCGAGGACGCAUGGUUCUUUUAGAAGGAUGGUUUGCCAUUGGUGGUAUUGUUCUCGCAACUUGGUUAGAAUUUGGAUUAUACUAUGUCAGCGAUAACUCGGUGAGCUGGCGCUUCCCCAUCGCCUUCCAGGGCAUUUUCGCCCUCGUGGUCGUCUCGUGUAUCUUGUUCUUACCCGAGUCUCCUCGAUGGCUCGCUCGCGUUGGCCGGAUGGAAGAAGCGGCCGAGGUUCUUGCACGGAUGGAAGAUGUACCUGUGGAAUCUGGGCACGUUGCACAAGAGCUGGAGAUCAUCAAGCAGUCUCUUUUCCUGGAUGCAGCGGACGAAUCGACGGUUUCAACUUCGCCUUUUGCUUUGACGAAUAAUCGCCAUUUGCACCGAACCGCCAUUGCCGUUGGUGUGAAUAUUCUCGCCCAGAUGACUGGCGUUAAUAUCAUUACGUUCUAUUCUGAUACUAUCUUCGAAUCCGAUCUGGGAUACUCGGGUACAAUCUCACGCAUAAUAACAGGCUGUCUGCAAAUCUGGCAGUUCAUCGCCGCCGGCCUGGCAGUCCUAUUAAUCGACCGAGUCGGCCGUCGACCAUUACUUCUCACAGCAGCCGCAGGCAUGACAAUUGCCCAGACCUGCCUCGCAGGCCUGUCAAGCGAUCUCUCCAACAAAUCCGCCGCGGGCGCUUCAAUCCUAUUCUACUUCAUGGCACUUUUCUGCUUUCCAAUCGGUCUCUUCUUGGUACCAUUCAUGUACGCCGCUGAAAUCGCACCGCUACGCACCCGCGCCAAGGUCACCGCCAUGUCUGCGGCGGCGAAUUGGCUUUUCAAUUUUCUGCUUGCGGAAGUGACGCCGAUUGGGUUUGCUAGUAUUCAGUGGAGGUAUUACAUUGUUUAUGCUUGUAUUAGUGCGGUGGCUUUUGUUAGCUUUUACUUUUUCUGUCCGGAGACGAAGGGGAGGACUUUGGAGGAGAUUGAUGAUAUUUUUGUUCAGUCGGAGUCUAUCUUUGACCCGGUGCGGAUUGCGAAGGAGAUUCCCUUUCAAACCGAAUUGCUGGCUCAUGUUGAUGAUGCUGAGAAGGUUGGGGCGAAGGAUGAGUGUGUUGAAAAUGCGUGA